UGUUGCCCUUGGUCACAGUAAACUCUCCUGAGGUCAAGGCACACGUGUAAGAUUGUACCAAAAAUAUAAUAUUGUAUUGCAUCAAGAAAACAUUAUCUAUUGCAUAAAUAUAAUAGCUAAAAUAUAAUAAUUUAUUGGCUGCGCAUUGGCUGAUAGUAAAGCCAGACGUGUUUUCCUUGGUUCCCAUCCAUGAAUACUAAUGCUACAUUUUCUCUCAUUGUAUAGAAAAUAUCUCAAGACGGGAUCCCCCGAAGUUUCCAGGGAAACGGGACUGCAGCUCAGGCAUCCAGUGUGUCAACCUACUGGUGUGGGUGCAGUAAAUCACACGGCAGUUGUCUACUUUGGACAUGUCUUUAAUAUAAUAAGGAAUGUUGAAAUAACGCGCGGAUAUUAAUGUGGCACUAGAUUAAGCGACACCGACGUGACGCACUCCGGAGAGGACGUCAUGUGUCCGUGCUUAUGCACGAGCUCACAUCCACUGUGGCAUGUUUAUCGUCGCGAGGAGUGAGUGGCAGAGCGCAUGUGGACUGACUUCGGAGACAAUGACGAGGAGGGACGGAGCCCAGCUCCGUUUUUACUCUCAGGUGUAGUCUCUUUUUAAAACAACAACAACAACAACAACAACAUGAGAGUCUUUGUGCUGAGGAUGAUGAGCUCAAGAGGAUUUCUGAAGGCAUCAUUAACAGGUUACACUGAGGAAAUGUCCACAACUGCGAGUCCAACCAGUCCCUCCUCUUUGCUGACAUCGGACCAACUCACGGUGGUCGCUGCGUCCUUUUCUUCUUUGGUGUUCUUUGUGAUUGUUGUGGGGCUGCUGUCCAUUAUUUACCGCAAGGAUCCACAGUGCUGCAAAGGCCGCUCCUAUCAGCGGCCACAUGCCAAUAUGGAUGCUCCUCCUCAGUAUUACAGCAGCAGACAGACACUGGUGGGCUCUUCGUAUCUAGAGCAGACGCAGAUCAUGGAUGACAGCGGCACUCAGCAGGCAGGUCAUCUAUUCUUUGUCGGUCGGCCCUCCAGCUACAGUCUGCCAACACUGGAGGCCCCCCUGCCGAGGCUGCCCUCCUAUGAGAGUGUCCGAAAGAAGGACCGCCAAAGGCAGAUCCACAUGAUGAUCGCAGACCGAUUUGGCCUCAAUGGACCCAUUGUGACUGAGCCACCGCCAUCCUACGAAGAGAGCGUCCGUCAGUCUGUGGAGCUGCCGUACAACAUCCUCUCAUCCAGCCUGGACAUCUCACCUCCUCAGAGCAUCUACACCAACAUGGGAGCUGACAUUCAGAGUGAAACAUCUCACCCAGUCAACUCAGGCACUAACAGCACUCAUCUACCUGUGUGAUGAAGCCUCUCGACGAAUGUGACCUAAACCUGGUGGCUUUCAUGCGGAGGAAGAAACUCUUGAUCGCUGUUCAUGAUUGGCACAUUCUCGCGGUCCAAAUAUCUCAAGACUGAUUAUGCUGAGAGACAGUUUCACAGGGUUGAGGAGUGACCAAAGAAGAGCUGCACGCCUUUCAGGAGGAGGAGACAUUUUUCUGACAUGUUUGAAUGUUUAAAACAAUUUGUGACGAUUGCUGUUUUGUCUUUACCACAUGAGUUUCCAAAAAGAGAAACAAACACUGGAUAUUAACAGUGACUGAGGUGGCUGGUACAUCUUGAUGAGGACAGAGGAAAAGAGAUUUGUGACCCGCAGGUCACAAAUAUACCAAAUAUUUGAUUGCUCUUCUAAUUAUACUCUGACAGUUUGUCUUGUUUCAGGGUGCAAUUUAUUUGAUGACUGCUAUAAAGCAAAUGGCUUCCGCAUAUGGUUCAGCCUGUGAGGGGGAGAAUUUAAAAAGGUGCUAAUAAGAGUGCCUCUCAUGAAGUUAUAAUAAGACAGCUUACUGUUCCGUGUUUAUUUUUGAUCUCAUUACCUUGGUUUGAUUUUAUUUUUGCCAAAGCUGGCAGGACUCUAUGAUCUCUACUUUCUUAUCAAACAUUUUAUUACAUAAAUAUGUUAUGUUUUAUAUACUGAUAUACUGAUUUACUCAAGUCAUGACAGAAAUGGAACAGUUUGUUUGUUCUAUUCUCUUACACAUGUCAAGUUCGCAGCAGAGUGAAUGUGAAAUGAAAACAGUGAAGACAUGCCAAGUUUCUUGUCAUGACCUGUUUUGUUUGUCUUAACCCAGCAGUCAAUUUCUGUAAUUUACCAUGUGCAAAUGCAAACCUUUGUCCUGCACGUUGUUUUCAUCUGUAUUUAUUUAAGGGGGGAAAAUGGACUGUUCCUUUUUAUUCUGUUAAAACAAAUUAAAUAAAACA